UGUUUUUCUAUUCUGAAGCCCGUUCUCUACCGCAAUGGGCAACUUGAGGAAUCAGCAACAAAGAACGAAGAACUUCAGAAUUUAAAAAACCAAGUAGAAAAACUAAUAGAUGCGCAAACUAGAGAAUUCGAUUAUCAACGUGAAAUGAUCAAGACAUUGACAGGAAGUAUCCAAAGUCUGCAGGGUGAAAUAAAAAACAGAGACUCUCAGAUCAGUGGUCAAAUUGAACAACAAUUCAAAGGCAUUACGAAUAAUGACGACAGAGUAAAAUCUCUGACCGAAACUGUAAAAGAUUUGGAAAGUAGGCUAGAAAUCAUGGGUUCCCAAAUCAAUAAUCAAGCAGAAUUGAUAAAAGCUAAAAAUGCCGAGGUAGUGAAUUUAACAUUUAACAACAAAUUGUGUACGGAAUCCAUGAGCAAAAUAACCGAUGAUCUAUUGAAGUGCAAUCGACAGGACUCCUGCCCCAGCGAAGGUCCUAGUGAUAUUUACAAAAUCAACCUGAGGGGGAUAAGUACAAUCGAAGCUCCCUGCAGUUCAGAUGGUUGGCUAACUAUUCAAAAACGUUUUGACGGCUCCGAGAACUUUGAUCGACCCUGGAAGGACUAUAAGGAAGGAUUCGGAAAUAAUAGAGGAGAGUUUUUUAUCGGGCUUGAGAAACUGCAUGUUAUGACCCGGGAACGUCCUCACGAACUUUACAUUAAACUUGGCAUGGUGAACGGAUCCACAGGCUACGCUCAUUAUGAUGAAUUUAAGAUUAGAAGUGAACUGGAGUCGUAUGAGUUGUCGAUAGGGACAUAUAAUGGUACAGUCGGAGACUCUCUAGAUAGCCAUAGGAACCAAAAGUUUACUACACUUGACAGAGAUAAUGAUCAAAAUAAUAAUGGCAAUUGCGCUUUAGGUGAAAGGGGUGGUUGGUGGUAUAAACGUUGUGCAUACAGCCAACUAAAUGGAAAGUUUUAUAAGGAGGGUCGUUCCAGAGACAACAAAACUAAUGGAAUUACUUGGGGUAGCUGGCAUGACUAUUGGACCGACUCGCUUACCUUUGUGGAAAUGAUGAUCAGGCCCAAGACGUUGUGAGCUUUAUAAAUAUUGCAUUGCGGAAAAUAUCAAAUACCAUAUUAUUAUCUUUUGUAAAUUUGUUUGUGUAAGGACAAAAUGAAUAAAGUUUGGGUUCUUUUCAAUAAAAUAUUCUAAGAGUAAAAUGUAAGAAACCGUACAGGAAAACUAC